ACUAUUUACACCGAUUGAACCUAUGAAGUUUAAUUGGAGUUUUUUUUGGAUAAUUUUUUUUUUCAUUCCUUCGCGAACUUUUUUUUGUUGAUUGAUUCUUCACUGACUGUCACUAAUACAAAAUGCUUUCUUUAAUUAGAACUUCGUCAAUGAUACGAUGUCCUUCAAUUUUGGCUAGAACAUUGAAUGUACCUUCGACACAACAACAAUGUACAAAGGCUACUUUACCCGAUCUUCCAUAUGAUUACAAUGCUUUGGAACCAGUAAUUUCUACUGAAAUUAUGCAAUUACAUCACAGUAAACAUCAUCAAGCUUAUGUUAACAAUUUGAAUGUUGCAUUAGAAAAAAUGGAAGAAGCCAAGUCAAAAAAUGAUGUCAAAACAAUUAUCGAAUUGGAACCAGCCUUACGAUUUAAUGGUGGUGGCCAUAUCAAUCAUUCAAUUUUCUGGCAUAAUCUAGCACCAGUUGGAAAUGGUGGUGAACCGAAAGGCGAAUUAUUACAAGCGAUUAAUUCAUGUUUUGGAUCGAUCGAUAAUAUGAAAGCUCGUGUUAGUCAAUUGGCUAUUGGUGUACAAGGUUCCGGAUGGGCAUGGCUUGGUCGUUGUCCGAAAAGUGGACAACUUCGUGCAGUUGCCUGUCCCAAUCAAGAUCCAUUAGAACCGACAACCGGUUUGAUUCCAUUAUUUGGCAUUGAUGUCUGGGAACAUGCCUAUUAUUUGCAAUAUAAAAAUGUUCGACCAGAUUAUGUUAAUGCCAUUUGGAAAGUAGCCAAUUGGAAUGAUAUCGAACAACGAUUUAUGGCUGCUAAACCAAAAUGAAUGAAUUAUGUUUUUAUUGUUUAAACUUUAUUAAUCACCAGUGAUACAGUAAUAAUAAUAAUAAUAAAAAAUAAUCAUUUUAGAUAUCA